AUGCCUCUCCCGGUCAAAGAUCUCUUAGAUCCGACAUCAUUACGCCCUGAGCAUUUACUCUACCAUCAGCGGAAGCCAUUCCAGUAUAACGACAUCCUAAUCGAUGUGUCCGAUCUCCAGAAGAAACGUGCCAGGGGUUCUGCAAAACUUAGCCAGCGCCUCGAUGAAUCUGGCCUCGACAUGGGAGACUUGAGUUCGUUGCCCAAUGAAGUCAUUUACAAUCUUCUCACCCUUUCUCCAAUCACCUCUGUCCUCAAACUCAGACAGACCAAUCACUCCGCCAAACAAUUGAUCGAGAGAUGGCAGCCAUAUCAAGUCGUCAUGGAAAAUCAGGCUGGUCUCAUCGCUGUUGGUGCCAUGGUUGCCACUGACGCAGGUGCAAUGUGGACCUUUCCACAACUUGCCGACGUUCUCUUCACAACCAGAUGUGACAUCUGUGGAAAUCAUGGCGAAAUCUUACACCUCCUCAAACUCAAACGCUGCUGCAUGAAAUGUCUAGCGGAAGAGCGGGAGCUCCUGGCAAUUCAUGAAGGCUAUGCUCGCCAUGUCAUGGGUCUUUCUGAAGCAGAAAUCGCAAGUGUGCCUCAUCUAAGCACCAUCCCUCGCAAAACUUUCUGGGCAUAUCCCAUGCACAUCUCCUUUUUCGGAAGAGCUCUCGACUACACUGCCGCUAUGGAGAUUGCUUCCAAGAAAGGCUGGACCGCGCCUGCUCAUCCUUCCCCCGAACACAAGGAUGCCACGUACCUACAACUCAAGCCUACAAAUAAACGUCUUAAGGAGGAUGAGCGAAGCAUUCAGCCCCGCCAACAGACUCCAAUUCAUGAGCGAAGAAUUAUAAAUUCAAAGAUGACUCUUCCUCCCUCCAUCGUCCACCCCCCCGAAACGGAUUAUGUUCAGUAUAUGUGCUCAGUCAAAGUUUCUGCCAUGACAAGAACACUGAAACGCGACCAAAAGGGCGUCACAAGCACGAGCGUUGAUAUUGUUCCGGGCUAUCAUUGUGAAGGUUGUGCCUUCUACUGGAACUAUCACUCGCCGCUGCCAUACCAGUUUCACCAACUCUACGCUCAUGAUAAACGCAAAGGCCCUACAGAAUUCACUGAACACGUGCGCCACUGUUUCUACGCUCAUUGCCACUGGACACGUAUCAACAAUCAGCUGAACCCUGUACCAUUGGACCGACAAAUCACCUCUCUCAACGCGAGGAAACAAACCUGCUACACCCCUCGCAACCCUCGGACAAAGCUACGGGAUGGUUUCCGAGAUUUUGAAAUGAUUCCUAACAGAGCGGCACAGCUGAUCACUCUGUACGAAGACGAGUGUGAAGCUUUUCAACAACCUUGUGAAUGGCCGGUGCUUGAAACCCCAGCAAUUUGGUCAUCACCAACCCUCGGGGAUGAAAAAGGUCGCAACAAAAAGCGCAAGAGGUCGCACGACGAUCCAGAGCCCUCGCCUCUCGACAGACGCGAUCAAUACUGGGAUGUUCUUGUCAGUCAGGAUGCCAUCAGCCAAGCCAAUUGGGCCUGCGCCGACUCACGGAACGGCCACUCCUCCCUCUUCAAGGGACCGUACCGAAUGUUGGUCGCGAGAAUGGACAGAUUCCGGGCCAGGGGCGUGGUUUGUGCUGAGAACGCCCUCAGCUUUGAUCGAUUUUGAAGAAAACCACCGGGACCUUGACGGUCAGGAAGACUGCAACAGGUGCAUCAUAGGACAUGGUUGGAGCGGCGUUUUAGAC